UAAAGGUAACCCAGCCCAACACGUUUAAUAUAAUAAAAUAAAGCAGCUCCAGUAUGAAGUCCACACUGCAAUCCUGUGGAGAACUUAAAUAAUGCCACCAGGUCCGGCUGGAGCUCGGUCCCCUCGGCGUGGUUCCGGCUGGAUUCGUCUCGUAUCGGUGGCUGUUUGGGAACACUUAAAACGAGCGCACAGCGGAACACAAGAAUGUGCCGUUUUUCAGAGGGGCGGAGACAAGCUCGCCCCGCAUCCACAGCGAGCACAGCGGCGCACGGGCACAAGCCGCGCCGUGGGCUGCCGUCGACACCAGCCGAAGUUUACAAUAGGAAACAAUACGGGGCUCUCGGUUCUUCUGGGCCACAAUGAUCGGCUGUUUUUCUAGCCGCGGAGAGGAGUCGCGCUGCCGGGCGGGCAUUGUCUCGGUGCUGCUGAACUAAGCAGAACCGUCCACGGUGAACGUGACACUGGGAUUCGAACAAGUGACCCCAGCUAACAUAGUUGGAAGCGCGGCUGUUUUUUUAGAGAGACUCAGGAGGAAACGGCAAGGUUACAUUAAAAAAAAAACCGGAUUCCAGUCUGGUGUUUGAAGAGCAGCCCGCCGGGUGGCCAUGAAGAGUGGACCGCCUGCUUUUCUUUCCUCCAUCCACGUCCAGGCUGCACGGGACAACGUGUGCUUUCUGAAGCGUAACCUGCGCCCGCGAGGUGGGUCCGAGGCGGGUUUGUCCGCGUAGUGGUUUGCGCGUCCUAGUCCGCGUAGUGGUUUGCGCGUCCUAACGUCGUCCAGCUUCUCCCGACGACGACCGUCAUCAUGAGGACCACCGAGGAGCCAGAGGGCUUUGACGGCGAGGCCUCCAACACCUCCAUGAUCUCCGGGGCCAGCAGCCCGUACCAGCCCACCACCGAGCCCGUCCACUCGAGGAGCGUGUUGGGGGGGAUACGCUGCGACACGGAGUACCUGAAGUCGUACUUUGGCAUUUUAAAGAUGGUCGAAGUGGUCCUAUCGCUCAUCGGAUUCAUCUGCAUAGAGACGAUCAUGAUGUGUUCUCCCUGUGGAGGAGUGUACUUCUUUGAGUUUGUCAGCUGCAGUGCUAUCGUGGUGACGGGAGUGCUCCUCCUCAUCUUCAGCCUCAACCUGCACACCAAGGUGCCCCACGUCAACUGGAGCCUCACGGACCUGGUCAACACGGCCACCAGCACCUUCUUCUUCUUCUUGUCGUCUCUCGUGUUGGCCUGCAUCAACCACAACACAGGAGCGGAGAUAGCUGCAGUGAUCUUUGGCUUCCUGGUGACAGGUGUGUACGGUAUAAACACCUUCCUGGCGGUACGGAGGUGGCGCCGUGGCAACGGGUGUCAGGGGGCGGCACCGACCAGCGAGUACAUGCGAGCGCGCACAGCAUCUCGUGGAGAAAUGGAGGCAAGGCCGGAGCUUGCGUGAGUGCUCGCAGACACUGGGACUAAAUGAAAGUAUUCCAUUCACGUCUUGAGUGGAAGGGCCAUCCAUCUCACCACACGCUCGUGACUUCUCCCGAUAUCACCUCAGCUGUGCUUUCUGCCCGCCCAGCCAGUGUCGACGCCACAGUUGAGCUCCGAGGCUUUGUUCAUCAGGCGCCCUGUCUUCAGUGACCCAUAAAGACUCUAAAGUGAAGAGAUCCAGACCGAAUGUAAGGUAUUCUCUGUAAAACUGUUCAUCCACAUAUCUUUCCAAGUCAGAAUGAAGGAUAACUUCCACGAAGAGCCGAAAGAAAAAGAAAGAAAAAAGGCUGACUGCAACUGUGCUUUAACUUUGUGUUGACUUCUCAGAAGGUUUUGUGUUUCACUGUGAAAGACGUCGCGUUAAAGAAGGUCAACUUUUGUACAGUUUGCUUAUUUCACGCCGCUGGCCGAAAAGCCUGUGGUAAUAAAUGUGACCGUGGGUCCAGGAACCCACUGGACCAGAAGCGUCCAGUUCACCUGCCGCACAACAGAAGCACCAUCACUAUACGGUUCUUUCUUAGAUACUGACAUCAGCCUUUGGUUUGACCUGUGAGCAAAGCUGUAGAUAUUCUAAUCUCAAGAUUACACACGCUGAUGAUGACUAACUUUAUAAAUGCCUUUACUAUGUGACCUUUAGCCGCUCUCCUGCCAGCAGUUAUACCGUAACAGUACAAGGUCAUUCUUAACUGCAAUAAAGACACAAGAAGGGCUCAACAUUUUGAAAUGAGUGAAAAGGAUCCACUUCAUUGCAACACAAAUUCAUCCACUCGAUUUGACACAAUUAUCUGAGCAACAUUAAAAAGUACCUCUUUCCAUUUGUUUUCUCCCUGUUAACUAUCCCAAAAAUCUUCACACGAGCAUUCUUAACAUUUUUAUUUCAAGGUCCGUGUUUCGGGCAACACUGAGCCAGUAGUGAGGAAGUCAUUGGUAGCUUGUUACUUUUGCACAUAUCCACAGUUUCAGCUAAUGGAAAUGUUGACCGUGCAUCAGUGAGAUUAACUUAGAAAUCAGUAGGUGACCUUGGAUCAAUGCCCUUAGCCUAAAAGACUGUUUCUCAGGUAUUGACACACUCCUUUUUGUCUUUGAAACUUCAAAUAAGAUUUGAAAUGAAAUCACAGGUUGCCUCGAACUGAACGCUGUAUUUCUUAAUGACUUGCUAAUUAUUAGACAAUAUAUGACUAUCGUAGAGAAUAAAAAAUACUGUAACUGAUUCUUUCAUGAAGUGAAAACUAAUUUAAAAAUUAAGAGUAAAUUGAAAGUAGAGAUGGUGGGAUGAAAUUGCGGUACUUUUAGCAUUAUUGUCACAGCUUUUAUGAAAAUGUGUGCACAUGUGUCGACAGUAUAUUAUCACACUUCAUGUAUUAUGAAAUGACUAUCAUUCCACAUUGCAGCUGUUAUAAAGCUCAUACAUGCAGAACGCAAAACUGAUUUUAAAUGUCUUUCUGUCGGCUAGUGUACCUGACGAACUGGUUAAAAAUGCUUUAUCUUAAAAUCACAUUUGUUUAUUUGAAGAAGAAAUUUAGACAGAAUUGUUGUCUAAUAUCGUUUGAAUGCAUUGAAUUUACACUACAGUUACACACGUGUGCGUUUUCUUUAAGACCUAUAAUGUAGACAGUUUGUGCUGGGUCUAAAUCGACUCAAUGGCGCCACCUGCUGGUCGUCAUCUGUAUUCAUUGUGACUUUAGAGGACUGUUGCAGUGCAGCCAGAUAAGUGUGUGUGUGUGUGUACAAGAGAAGGACCAGAAUUGUGUUUGACUGUGGGUUUAAAUGAAAAUAAAAACCAUAUGGCUUCUUAAACUGCCUCAGAAGUUUCCACAUUAUACAGAAAGUUUGAUUAAUCUGGUUUUUCUCAUGUUUUUGCCAUUUGUCCUGGUAUGGUGACCAAACUACUUUUAUGUAGAGACAAUAACUUACAUUCUGUUUUUCUCUUACAUGGAUGGAUUUGUGUUUGAGUAAUGUAAAAAUAUGCACACUUUGCAGGACAAUCAUGCAUUAUGAUAUUUGAUGAUAUAAAUUGACAAUCGUAUCAGUCCAAAACUA